AUGGAGAGAGCAAAGAGGCGUUUCGCAUCGGCUUUAGACGGUCUUCGAUCACUGGGAAAAGUCGAAGUGACAGUGGAUGAGAGGAUACAAUCUGAACAUUGUGCUUUUUUCAAGAUCGUUCGUCACGGUUUCCCGGAUGAUGCUCGUUGUAUAGCUUAUGAUCCAGUGCAACGACUUUUAGCGAUUGGAACAGGACAUGGAACUUGUAGAAUCAUUGGCGAUGUCGGUGUUGAUUAUCUCCUUCGACACGAGACAGAUCAUCCAGUCCUUCAUGCUCAAUUCUUGAUAAACGAGGGUGGAUUGAUCACAGCUUGUGCUAAUGACAUGAUCCAUUUAUGGAAUUUUCGACAAAAACGCGCCGACAUCGUUCACUCGCUACAGCUGAACAAGGAAUCAGUGACCUGUAUCCAUCUUCCUUUACAAAGCAAAUGGCUCUUCGUUGGAACUGAUAAGGGAAACGUCUACUCGGUCUCUGUGGGCACAUUUCAAAUGAGUAGCUAUGUGAUCAAUUGGAAUAAAGCGAUCGAUUUAUCUUGCCGUGUUCAUCCGGGCUCUGUGAAGCAACUCUCGGCUUGUCCAAUCGAUCCAUCUCGUUUGUUGAUCGUUUUCGAGAAAGGAGUCGCCGUUGUAUGGAAUCUUUCAACGAGAGAAGCUGAUCGUUUCCCACUCGAUCCGCCAAUCAAAUGUGCUAGUUGGCACUACGAUGGUCGUCAAGUGAUGUGCGGGAAUGUCGAUGGAUCGGUGUCGAUAUUCAACGCGAGAAGAGUCAAUGAACCGGUGCAGAGAUCCACUCCACACGGUCAGGGUCCAUGUCGAGCAAUCCAUCAACUGGAUUGGAGACACUGGAGUGAAAACAACGAGCAACUUGUGAUUUUCAGUGGAGGUAUGCCAACAGACGAUGGUGUCCCAGUGCCAGCUCUCACCCUUCUCAAAGCUGCUCGUUCGGCGACUGUCCUUGAAAUGGAUAACCCAAUUCUAUCAUUUAUCACACUACCAAUGGCUCCAUGGCCGUCAUCUCCUCAACAACCGCACGCUGUAGUCGUUUUGUUAAAAGGAGACAUUAUGUAUAUUGAUCUACAAAAAGAGAAUUAUCCUUGUCUGGAAUCCCCACACGCGAUGGAUCUGCACGAAUCUCCGGUGACCGCUGUCUCCUAUCAUUCUGAAUGCCCAUCUGAUUUGAUGGGCGCUUUGGCGUUGGUCGGAUGUAAACAACGGAAAAAGGGAUUCUCUGAUAGGCAAUGGCCAAUCAAUGGUGGUGUCGGGCGAGAGGCGGCGAGUGGAUAUCAAGAAUUGCUGAUCACUGGCCAUAAAGACGGCACAGUUCGCUUCUGGCAAAGCUCCGGCGAGCAUUUGCAGAUUUUGUACAGAUUAAAGACUGCCUCACAUUUCGAGCGAUUAGAGCAAAGCGAUCAGUUGAAAGAUGUCUCGCAUUCGGUGAACUCGUUGCAUUUGUGUCCGGAGUCUCGUCUUUUGCUUGUCACCGGUCAAGCCGGUCAAUCGACUCUUUUCCGGUUUAACAAAACCGAGAGCACGAAUACGAUUGCAGUUGUUUCACUUCCAUCUGUUUGCACAAUGACAUCUUUUAAUGGUCAACAUUCAUCAGAUGAUCGACCUGGACCAAGCACUUGUCGGGAGAUGAGAAGACAGAAAAAGUUUGAUUCUCGUGAAACCGAUGUCUCGACAGAUACGGAUGAGGAAGAGGAUAAUGCAAGAAUAUUUCCAUUUAAAGUUAGAGGAGCGGCUGUGAAGAGAAGCCCCGGAUUUCAGCCAGAACUCAUCUGCAUGUUGCCUUGGCCUUCUUCUUCUCGCGCUCCACCAAUCCAAUGUGCGGCACUCAAUUCAGCGUAUGGAGUGAUUGCUAUUGCGAGUCAAGGAGGAUUAGCACUUGUUGAUAUUGCACAGUGUGCUUUGAUUUACGCCUGGGCGACGAGUGAACUCUAUGGAGCUGAGCCGACUCCAAAUGUUCAGCUGAACGCUCAAGACUCAACAAGUCCCCCAUUCUCGGCUGAGCCAAGUGUAAGCUCACCGCCCACCUCACCCAGUCUAAAAGGAGCCUCAUCACAAACGGGAAUCGACAUCCUUCCCGCCUCCCGAACACCACAAAGAGCAAAGACAUUCACGGGGAAAAGUCGCGGUGGAAUUGGAUCGAUAUUUCGGAGAAACACCUCAGAGAUGUCACCUACUGCAGCCACGAACACCAGGGAGAAAUAUAAAGGACGAGGGGGGGAAAAUCAUGAAGAAGAGAAUGGGCACAAAGAGGAAUUGGAAAGACCCGUGAAUGCAAAUCGGAGUCAAUCAGUGAAAACGGGCGGAGGACCGGGUGCAAUAAUGAGAAGAUUGACGAAUAAGAAGAAAGCACAAGUACAACGAUCACACUCAUUUCAUGAGGGACCUGAUGGAAUCGAUGAAGCGACGACAGCGCAAGAUGUGCGUUCGCAAGGCGGCGCCUCGCCGGCUCCAGUUGGUCGUUCUCGGACCCAAGAUGGAAUGAAUUCGUCGAAAAACUCACAAAGACCAUUGCUCGCGAAAGCUCAAUCGUUAAUGGAACCCCAGCAACAGAAUGGUGAUUCAUCUCGAGAAUCCCCACGAGAACCAUCUCGUCCAAUUCCUUCAACUGGACCCGUCCCCUCACCCACUUCAUCACAGCAUUCUUUUGAAAGAUCGUCGAGUAAUGUGAGAGCGGACUAUGACGGGGAAUUCGUCUCAUCACUGUCAUUCAUCCAUGCAUCGACACGGAAAAACGAUGCAAAAGCAGGCGCCUCAUUAUGGGUGGGUACCUCAAAUGGUGCUUGUGGCGGUCUUUCACUUCUUCUUCCGCAAGAUCGACUCGCUUCCACUGUGGUCGUCGCUCCAUCUGGUACGGUUGUACGAAAUCGAGGUCAAGUAUUGCAUACGAGUUUCAUGGAUGGAGCCUUCUGUUUGCUGGCACCUGCAGCUGAACCUUUCAGAGAUGCGUCUAGAGAUAGUCCUGAUUCGAUACAACAGGUUGUAAAUCGGGUUCGAACGAAAACGACCGUCUCACCAACUGUCUCAAACAGUGUCGAUUUAGAGGGAUCGACGAAUGGAUCCACUUCCGAUAUCUCUCAAGUGGUAAUCGUGGUGGCUGAAUGGGAAAUUCGCGUCUUGGCUUUACCCUCAUUCAGUCUAAUCUUUCAUCACAAAUGCGAUGAGAUACCCAUUGUAAAGGCUUUAUCCACGCAUGUGAUCGGUCAACCCGUUUUGAUUUGUCUCUCGGCGGCCGGACAAAUCCAAGUGCUCUCCCUUCCAUCACUCCGACCACUUCUCUCACAUCAACUCAUCCCGCAUUCGCUUGAGAUCGAUGAUCCAAUCGUUCAAAAGACGGUUUUCUCCGAGCACGGCUUGGGCGUCUACAUGGCGAGUCCUAGUGAGAUCGAGAAGUUCACGGUAUGCGCCGAGCUGGGCGAGCAAGUCGAUGAGGCUUUGGGGGAACUCUUCGUGCCCGUCGACAUGCCCGAACCACCAAAACAGACUUCGUUACUAAAAGGCGGACUCUCAGCGCUUUUCUCGGCCAAUUCACGACAAGAGACCGUCGAUUUGGAUACACUUUUCAGCGAUCGUGAUAAACCUCCAUCAGCGGCGACAUCGAUGCGAAGUGUGGCAAAAAUGAUCCCUGGACCGUCAAUCUCAAUGGAUCGAGCACAUCAAGGAGGAGUUUCGGCUGGGAUGGCUGCACAAAUGGCUAUGCAGAAUCUAUCCGAGCGUGGCGAACGGUUGAAUCAGGUGGUGGACACGACGGAGAAUCUCAAGAAUUCAGCACAGAGUCUCUCCUCACGAACGGGGAAACUCGUCGAGAAAUACGAGAAGAAAAAAUGGUACAAUUUC